UUCUCAGAGUUUUGAAAAUCGUUAGCGAUUUAUUAGGUUUCAGGGUUGAAUACUCCUCCGGUAUUUCCACUCAGGUAGAUGGUAAUCGGCGUGUUCAAGGAACCAAGCAGGAACAGUGCAAGAGAGCCAGCGUUUUCUCAAUACUUUGAUCGAAAAGCCUCCUGUCAUUAAACCAUGGUGAACGUCUCCAGGAACGGGACACUAUGGCCACCUGCGGGUCCCAGGUGUGCCUUUCAGCCGGGAGAACAGCUGCCCUUCAAUCCCCCGGACCCCAAGUGGACAAUCUUGAUCCCCAACCAGUCCAGUCCGGCCAUCCCUCUGUGGGAGGUCGUGGUCAAGGUACUGGUCACCGUACUCCUGGUCCUGCACGGGAUCAUAGGGAACGCUCUGGUCAUCGUGAUCGUCAUGAGAAACAAAGCCAUGAAACAACAAGUGAUCAACAUGUAUCUGGUCAACCUGGCGGUGACGGACAUCUUGGUCGUGUUGACAUGUUCUUGGACGAACGCUGGGGCGGCCAUAAGCGUGGAGUACCCGUUUCACAGCAGCGUGUGUAAGGGGAGCACGUUUUUAGAAGUCACUUUCCUGACGUGCAGUGUUCUUACUCUGACCAUCAUCGCCGUGGAUAGGUUCUUCGUCAUAGUCUAUCCUCUGAAAUGUCGCAUCACUCACCGCCGUGUCACCAUCUGUCUGGUGCUGGUCUGGCUGGUCUCCAUAGCCGUGGCGUCCCCGCAUCUGGUCGUCAGGGACGUGUACGAGGUCCACUGGAAAAACAGAGUGGAAGUCUCGUGUCUGGAGGUAUGGCCGAAAUAUAUCAUUGACCACGAGUGCAACACGGAGGCGCCUGGGAAAUUUGCGUAUACUUUUUUCACGACGGUGGUCAUGUACUUCUGCCCUAUCCUGGUAAUGAGUCUGGCUUACCUGAUGAUAGGCUGUGCCUUGUGGAACAGACAGUUCCCGGGGGUACAGUUAGACUCCGUGAGGUCGUCACGUAAUAAAGCCAAGAAAAGGGUGAUUCGUAUGUUACUAGUGGUCCUGGUGGCGUUUAUCGUCUGCUGGACGCCAGAACAAGCUAUCGUUCUGUUUGACCUCUACAGAGACAGGUCCAACACCCAGGUCAGGAAGGAUCACAUAAAGCACCAGCAAGAUUUUGAUAAGCGCAUCAAGUUUGCCGUGUUUUAUCUCGCCCAGUUGAACAGCGCCUUGAACCCUGUAAUGUAUGGCGGACUGAACGAAAACUUCCGCCGAGGUUUUGCUCGUAUUUUCAGAGCUAUUUGGACCGCUAACAGGGUGGAGCCUACUCGGCCCUCGGAUCAGCUGGGGAAUGGAAUGAACCCCGAGGAAGGCGGACAGGCGGGACAGCUCCAGAUUGAUUUCCGUGAGGUCAAAGUCCGGCGAAAGUCGCAGCUUCCGCUGGAAUCGUUAGUAGAAGAAAACGAGACGGUAAUUCGGAUAUCGUACGUGUCGUCUCGCCCUGGGGCCACCGACGUCGGUCACACGGCAGACACGGAAGACAUUCCUGAUGAGAAAAGUAAUCUCUGUAUUACCCGUACAAGUGAGGGGACUUCCAAGCAGUGGAAAGUGAAUUAUCCCUGUGGUGCGCAACCUGCUGGUACCGCACCUUCUUGUGUGGUACCAAAUAAGAAUAUAGUGUAAAUAAAAAUAUAUGGCGUCAUUUUAUCCAAAGGCUAAUUUCUUUACAAUGAAUAGCGAGAUACGGGUCCCUACGAAGUAGUAAGUUAUAUUGAUUCAAGUUCAAGACCUUAUUUUUUGUCCUUGUCAUUAUUGACAGGUAUCGCAUCUUUUCGAAAUAUACUUUUUCUGUUACUUAAGUCGUAAUAAAUAAGAAUUAAUACCGCAAACAAUUUCCUUGUAUUUUAAGCUUGUAAUGGCAUCUUCUGUGCACUCCAGAUAUUUAUAAAGAAUACCUGUGACUUUUGAUUUCCAUUAUGGUUUUUAUAUGUUAUUUCUUUGAAACAUUUUUUGUAUGUUGCAGUGAUUUAAAAUUAUAAAAAUUCAUGGAAAAUAAUUUUGUUGACUAUAUACAAGAACUGGUCUGAAAUUAUUCAUGAACAUCUAUGUAAUAAAAUCUGAGUC